AUGUCUACUUCUGCACCAAUCCUCGACACCUCGACCAUAACUACUUCUACUAUUAAUCCUACUCUCACUAGCUUUACACUCCUCCCACGGGCAGAUUACGCCAACGAAUUCGCCAUUCUAACUCGUGAAGAAAUUCUAUUAAAGAAAUGGGAAAUCGACGUUGCAAAAGCGGAGAUGGAAGCCCUUGCCAGCGUUUUACUCACUCGUCCACUACCUCCGUUAUCAUCUGUGGAACCCGAUAUUCUGCUCUACCGGGCCCACACCUCAGAAACCAAAUCGCCCUAUUUUCGAGGUAUAGGAAUUAGGUGUUCGAGUUGGCAAGACAGUCUGAUAAUCGAUCAACCGAGCAAAGAACAAAUUAACGGGAGAGCCUUUCAGGAUCAUUGUAAUGAUGCGAAGAAACCGAGUCCCUAUAUCUCUGUUCAUACAUCUGUUGCUCGUCUCAUGAAAUUCAUCCCACUUUUACGAUCUCACCAAGUCACCAUUUUCGUCAUUUCACUUAAUAAGUUAAAGCAACUAGGGAUUAAAGCAACUUGUACGGAUGACAUCCUAACCAUCGUGAGCGAGAUGGGGAUGCAGAGAUUUUUGGAGAUAGCAAAGGAUGGAGGGAUAGAUAGUGAGGUUAUUAAAAGGGAGAAGUCGCUUACGGAUUCGCCAUUCUUGAAGAUUAACAUUGGGUUGGAAAAGUGGCCGGUUAGGCGGAGUGAGGGGACGAAUAGAGAGGGGAGUGAGAAUAGUUUGAGAUCUGGAUCUGAAACUGCUUUAGGGUUGGGGUCGGGAACUGAGGGACAAGGUGCUGGUUCUAGUAUUUCCAGAUUCGAACCUGAUGCCUCAAGUGAGGAUAUAGAAAACAGAUUAUUGCGCUUGCAGCUGUGA